CUGCGAUGUUGUCAGUUAAGCAGACACUUACACGUUGUAUUCAAUUGCAUGAUUAAUACACACCUUUGCUGUUUAUUGUAUGUUAAUCCGUAUGAGCAUGAGGACCAAACUUCCCGCAAAACCACCCGUCAGGAAGUGGCGUCACGACGUUUUGCUAUUCUAUUGGCCGAGUACGCCGGGUCUCUUACGACAGAAAGUCUGCGUAAAGUGAACGAGAUUGGACACUUGGAAAUGGGUGCGUUUACUGAACAGCUCCAGGGUGGAGUCCUAACGCAAAGGGAUGGCCCACUGUAGUGACAGUGAAGAGCAGAGUGACGGUGGAGCAGAAAAACCCAACAAGAACCAGAAGAAGAAAAGAGGAAAGCAUGUGUCUUUCCCCCCCGAUGAACAGAUAGUAUCGGGCUUUGCUGAGCACAGGGACGACGGCAGAAAGGUUGACAGCUGCCUCACCUUGACAGAGGUAAUGGUGGCGUACCAGCAGAGCUGCAGCAGACACCAGGUCCAACCCCGAGCGCACAUCCUGCAGCAGCUCCAGCAGGGGGUGUGUGUAGGUGGCGGUGUGAAAUGUCUGGAUCUCAAAGGUGAGCGAUUAGACCACCGCUCCUGUGAAGCUCUGGAAGUCGUUCUGAAAUCGCUGCACUUUGAUUUCAUCAAUCUGCAGGCAGCCCAACUGGAAGAAAAUGGAGCAUCGUCCUUGCUGGAUAUGAUUUUGUACUAUGAAUCUACAACCCAUCUUGACAUUUCUGACAACAGCAGUAUGGGAACGUUGUGUUGGAGGGCCCUCGCUCAUUUGAUAAAGCAGCCCAACAGCCUUGAUCAAAUCUGUGGCAUCGAUCUGGAUGCAAGGGCAGCGAGGGCCCAGGCAACACGGCCACAUGUGUACCACAUUUUCUUGCUGCUUGUAGUUGGUGCGCUGAAGUCAAACAAGGCUUUGCGAGAGCUCCACCUUACCAACAACCUGCUAAACAGCUACCAGGACGCCCUGCAGCUAGGAGACCUACUCCGCUACAACACCACUUUACAGACACUGGAGCUCAGCAGCAAUGCUGUAGCAGACGCUGGUUUGGAGGAGCUGUGUGAUGGUCUGCGGUGGCAGACGGCAGGUGUAAAGGUCUUACUGCUGAGGAACAACCAGAUCACUGCAGGUGGCAUGGUCCAUCUGGCCAAGGCUCUGCCCGUGCUGAAGGUCCUGCAGGUCCUGGAUUUGGGUGAGAACCUCCUGGGAGACGAGGGGAUCCAGGUGAUCAGGGAGCCUCUGAUGAUGAACUGUUCGGUGCUGCAGCUCGGCCUUGCCCAAGCCAACAUAACAUGUGAAGGUGCUGUGGCGUUGGCUGAGUUCCUUGCAGAGAGUCGCCAGAUUCAGGGUCUGGACCUCCGUCAGAACCAGCUGAAGGUUGGAGGCCUGAUGGCCUUGUGUCUGGCCCUGAGGAUCAACCGUUCUCUCUCUAGCCUGGAUUUGGACCACAUACCCCCACAGGAGCAGGAUGUGUUUCUGACGGAGACGCAGACAAGGCUUCAGUCGGAGAUCACCCGGCGCUGUCUGGACAACGCCAGCCGCUCCCACCUCGCCCCGGACCCCUCUGAGACUUUACCCGCCGAGGCCGACGGACCAGCCUGAGUCCCGCCUGAGCUCACACACACACACACACACACACACACACACACACACACACAAGGAAAAAUGGCUAACCUUGUACAGAUCACCUCAGAGACCACUUAUGGAUUCAGUCGUACUGGAGCUGUGUCCCAAUCUCCCAAACCCAAACAGCUGACUGCCAGAUAUAUGCGAAUAAUAAUUCUAUCGCAAAUAAUGAUCACCAUAAAACUCCAAAUCCGGGUAAUAAAGGCUCAGUAGAGCUCCCUAAUGAAACACCGGCCUCCCCACUGCUUCCCGCCUAAUGUUCCCGACGAGCCGCUCGCCACUUUCCAUAAAGCAAUUUUGCAGGCCCACUUCAAACGUGAAUCACCUAGAAAUGAAGAGAACUGCCCUUCCCACCCUCAUCGUUCUGAACUCCCCCACCGCCCCCCUCCCCUUCCUACAACGCUCACACUGGAGCUCUGGGUGUGUGUCUGUGUCGCAAAUCCCUGUUUGCUUGUGUUCCAUCAUCACUUAAUGUUCACAGUGAUGCAUUCACACUCCUUUCUCUCUCUGUGUGUGUGUGUGUGUGUGUGUGUGUGUGUGUGUGUGUGUGUGUGUGUGUGUCUCAUUACUCUGACAGAGGCAUCAGCCAUAAACUCAGCCAAGUUCCAUCUGCAUUAAUCAACUGAGCAGAGCGCAGACAGGCAGACGUUCAACAGCAAUACAAUGGGAAACAGUUGAGCACAGUGCAUACAGCUACAGUCAACAGAGGAGUGGGGGGGGCAGAAAGUGUGCUUGCCUGUGCAUGGCUGGGUCGUCUGCAGGUGAUGGGUUACAAUAUAGCAGCCUACAGGUCCAGCUGAGUACUUUAGAUACAUAUUCUGAUGAUACAUCAUUUUACUUAAGUAUAGUUUUCAAUGCAGGACUUUUACUCGUAACAGAGUAUUUUUACAGUGUUGCAUUAGUAUUUUUACUGAAGUAAAGUAUCUGAA